UCAACCAAAGAUGGCUGCGCCCAGGAGAGUAGGACAAAGGUUGCAGUGAACCCCGGGCGUAGCUGAGGAAAAUCGGAGGUGGCCGCGGCUCCUGAGAGAAGGAGAGCAUAAGGCUCAAGAUGGAAAAUCAUAAAAUAGAUGAUGCUAAGGAAAAUGAAACACAUUUCAUUACCAUAACGGGAAAAAUUAACCAGCUUCCAGAAACAGAAAGUAGGCGUCCCAGGGGCUGGUAGGACCCUGACCCCAAGGUGGCGGCGCCCAGUGAAGUGGCUGUGGCCACCUCUGGCGAAGGCGAUGGCGGGAGUGGCGGCUUUGGAUUAUGGCUAGACGGACGAUUGGAGGCGCUGGGGGUGGACCGAGCCAUUUAUGGCGCCUACAUCUUGGGUGUCCUGCAGGAAGAAGAGGAAGAAGAAAAGCUGGACGCUCUGCAGGGUAUCCUCUCUGCUUUCCUGGAAGAGAUUCCCUCCUUAAUAUCUGCAAGGAGAUUGUGGAACGAUGGUCGGAGACUCAGAAUGUUGUCACCAAAGUGAAAAAAGAAGAUGAGGUUCAGGCCAUUGCGACUCUAAUUGAGAAGCAGGCACAGAUUGUGGUAAAACCCAGGAUGGUGUCAGAAGAAGAGAAGCAGAGAAAAGCUGCCCUCCUGGCCCAGUAUGCUGAUGUGACAGAUGAAGAGGAUGAAGCAGAUGAGAAGGAUGAUUCAGGUGCCACCACAGUGAACACUGGUUCUGACAAAUCCCUUUUCCGAAACACCAAUGUGGAAGAUGUCCUCAAUGCUCGAAAACUGGAGCGAGACUCACUUAGGGAUGAGUCCCAAAGGAAGAAGGAACAGGAGAAGCUGCAGAGGGAGAGAGACAAACUGGCCAAACAGGAGCACAAGGAAAAGAAAAGGACACAGAGAGGGGAACAAAAGCGAUAACCUUGGCCUAGUCUAUUUCCCCCAUCCAUGAACUUCAUCACAUAGCAACUGGUUGUGCCCAUGUAUAUUUAAGGGAAAUGAGAGAACACUGCAAAGUGGUUUCCCAAGGCAUUUCCCCUUUUGUUUACAUGGUCAAAAGGAAAAUCACAAUCACUUUUAAUUACAAAAUGUGCCAGUUUAAAAAAAAAAAAAUAUAUGCAAAUAUCCUUUCCCAUUGUGUAGGUUGUCUCUUUGCUUUGGUUAUUGUCUCCGUAGCUGUACAGAAGCUUUUCAGUUUAAUGAAGUCCCAUUUGUUUAUUUUUGUUGUUGC